AUGAGCGACCGGCGUUGUUUCGAAUGUCUUGAUAGAUCAUUGAAAGAUGUCUUAGGAAACGAUACAGACCUCUUUGGCGGUAUGUCUAUACUUCUUGGAGGGGAUUUUCGUCAAACUCUCCCGGUUAAACCGAAAAGUUCACGAUCUGAGAUUCUCAAUUCAACGUUACCAAGAUCUUAUCUAUGGUCGUCUUUUAGAGUAUACACGCUAACCGAGAACAUACGUAUCAAUGGGGAUUCUCAAAGCUCCAAUACUAUUCAAACGUCUGCUACAUUUGCGUCAUGGUUGUUAGAUAUUGGAAACGGUCUAAUAGGCGAACCCGAUGCAGAUGAUCCCCAUAAUGCAAAAACCAUUGAAAUCCCACCUGACUUUCUGAUUCAAGAAGAGGCAAACAGUCUUCAAUCUUUAAUCAACUUUGUCUACCAAGAUUCAAUACUCAUAAAUCCAUGUGCCGAAAAUUUGUCAAGUAGAGCAAUCGUGUGCCCAAAAAAUGAUACAGCUGACAAAAUCAAUAAGAUUAUUUUGAAUAUGACUCCCGGAGAAAUAAAAUGCUAUAUAAGUCAUGACUCUAUGAUACCUCACAUGCAAAACUCGGCAGAUUCUGAAACUUUAUAUCCACAGGAAUAUCUAAAUCAGUUAAGUUUUCCUGGCAUCCCUCCUCAUAAAUUAGAUUUAAAAGUUAAUACUCCUAUAAUUCUACUCAGAAAUAUAAAUCAAACACUCGGUCUAUGCAACGGCACACGUUUGUUAGUAUCACAGUUGUUACCAAAAGUUAUAGAGGCAUAUAUAAUAACAGGCACAUCAACAGGAAAUCGUGUGUAUAUACCUAGAAUUAAAUUUGUACAUAAUAAUAAAGACUUACCUUUUGUUUUCACAAGACGCCAAUUCCCAAUAAAAGUGUGCUAUGCUAUGACUAUAAAUAAAAGCCAAGGGCAGUCUCUUAAAAAAAUAGGUGUUUAUCUUCCACAGCCUGUGUUUACUCAUGGACAAUUAUACGUGGCCCUUUCACGAGCAACAUCUCCGAAUUCACUUAAAAUUCUUAUUACGUCUAACGAAGAUAAUUGUUUGAACACUACAAAAAUUGUUGUCUUUCCUGAGCUCUUGCAUCAAGUAAACCACAAUGAGGUCAUUGUUACAAAACAUUUGUUCUACAUAUUUUCCAUAGAUUUUCAGAUUCUAUAA